GUUUUUGUAAAUGUUUAGGCAUACAGGGAGGAAACAAUCCUAAAAUUGAACCACACGGAGAUAAGGAGGUGGACUUAAUUUGACAGUAAACCAAGGAGGUGCUGACUCACGUCACUGGAAACUUUGGACAAUUAAAUCCAGACAAACAUAACCUCCCCUUGCAGGCGAACAGACAUGUCUGUGUUGAUGCCACCAUCAACAAUGGCAUUUAACUGAGACACCCACUUCAAGAAGCAGUGUCAGGAACAUCCGCUUGUUACUGCACCUCUGCUUUCUUCUUCAUUGGUGUGCUACCUGCAAGAAUGGAUGGAGGAAGCAUGUCCAUAACCCUGACACUAAGGACGCCUAUUGAUGUGGGGAAAAUGUAAACUAUUUGCUAUUUUUACCAGGAUUGUGGAUACCAAAAGUGAACACAUUUUGUUAUUAGAGAAAUCUCAAAGAACGUGAUCUUCCACCUUACGACUUCAAAUGGAUUUGACUUUAAUUUGAAACAGCUAUGUUGUAUAUGCAUGGAUUUCUCUGCAUUCUAAUUAAAGGAGAAUUUUUGCAGAAAUGUGGUCAAAUUUGUAGUAGUGUGCACUUGAACAAUGCCUCCUCUUUCUGGAUGAAGACUGCCAUCUGAAUUGGAACGCUGAUAUAUCCGAUAGGCAUGCAUAUCUGAGCUGGAGAUUCAGUGUCGCACAUCAGCAGGAGAGAGCAAGCUUCCCUUCAAUACACCAAGCCUUAUCACCUUACCUGCAGACAGGAGUGAGAAAAAAAGUGAGGAGGAUGAGAGAAAGGAAAGGGACAUAGACCAAACAAGAGUUUGCAAAACGUGACCAGAAGGGAUUUAAGAAAUUCAAUGAGGACAUUUGUUCGCUGCCAGUUUCAGGAUUGCUACCAAAACUGAAAACAUCACUGUUUAAGAAAAGACAGAAUCAGAGUGGGGGAUGGGAUAGUGAAUGUGCAUAUGUCCCAAAAAAAGGAAGACGGAGGAUCAAGACACGCUGAAAGAGACAGAUGAAAAAAAUGCCAGAAAACAAGCAGACAAUCCAGCACACUGGAAGCUAUCUCUCCCACUCUGCUUACAGGAAGAUAAAAAGGAUGCUGAGCUUCAGAAGACGUGUGUUUGGUCAGAGGUUGGAGGAGACUGUCCUGUAUGAGAGGAGGUAUGGGGAUCAUAUGGCUCCUCUGGUGGUAGAGCAGUGUGUAGACUUCAUCCGAGAGCAUGGACUUACAGAAGUGGGACUCUUCAGGCAGCCCGGCCAGGCUACACUGGUUAAAGAGCUGCAGGAAGCUUUUGAUGCUGGGGAGAAACCAACCUUUGACAGCAUCACAGAUGUCCAAACAGUGGCAUCUCUGCUGAAGCUAUACCUCAGGGAGCUGCCUGAGCCUCUGGUGCCAUUUUCUCGCUAUGAGGAGUUUCUUGUGUGUGGCAAAAGGAUCCCUUCAGACAGAGAGCAGGGUUUGCAGGAGUUGAGGAUACUCCUUCAUGAGCUUCCAGUGGCAAACUUCAACCUUCUAAAAUACAUUUGCCAAUUUUUAAAUGAUGUCCAGUCAUACUCCAACAUUAACAAGAUGAGCAUCCAGAACUUGGCAACUGUUUUUGGGCCAAACAUCCUCCGGCCCAAAGCGGAGGACCCAGAAAGUAUUAUUGGAGGGGCAGCAGUUGUGCAACAGUUGAUGUCUGAACUGAUCCGAGAGCACAGCUCACUCUUCUCUAGAGAGAACUACAGCCCUCCUGAAGCCUCUUUACCAGCCAUUCACCCCAUUCACAGACACAGUAACCUCAUGGAAUGGGUGCACGGUGAACCAAUGGUCCACUCGAGAGAGUCACUGUUGUGUGAAGAUAAUGUGCCUCUUACUGAUCAGACUGUAGCCUAUCCACGUAAACUCUCUAUGCCUCUAAUGGCAGUGAGGACAGAGUCUUUUCAAAGCCUUUGUGAAAAUAUUUUUUCCCAUCAUCUAUCAGAGACAGAGCGACAGCUUCAAGAGGACUAUUUGCCAACCAGCUCUGCUCUGAUUUAUGACAACCACAGUCAACAAAGCUCAGCACAAGAAUCUCUCCAUAUAAGACAUGUGCCAACACCCGCCACCCCAUCACCUGCCUGCUCUUCUAUGCCCAGAGUUGUAGAAGCUGGGGUUGAAACCUUUGUGCAGUCAAAGAGUUGGCCUGAUAUGGAGGAGCCUAACUGGGGGCCAGAGAGAGUCUUAGGGGAGAGUGGAGGCAGCAGUGAAGCCCAGGACAGUACCUUGUCAGUCUAUGACAACAUUGGUACUGAGAAGCAGAGGGAGGGAUGUACAGAGAACAGGGAGAAAGGUAGUUGUAUUGUGGAGGCAAAAGUUGGUACUACCAGUAAGAUGGACAGCAGCAGCUCUUGGUCCUCCUGUGAGAUAGUGCCUUUGGAUGGAGGCAGUAGAAGCGGUGAAGCUGCAAGUCCAUGCAAUAGUUACCCUGUACGCAUCCACUCUUUCAGAAUAGACUCUGGGGAGGAAGACCCUCACCCUAACUCCCCUGCUUCCUCCUCUGCUCCCACGGAUGCACCUUUAAGCACCGGCAGCAGCGAGGUCUUUUUGCCAAAUGCCCCUCAAGAACCCCUUGGCAUUCCUGUCUCCCAUGCCAUGCAGUGUCUCAUUGCAGGGCUUCGGCAACAGAAGGCAAGGCAAAAGGCUGAGUACAAGGCAAAAAUCAACAGGUUGGAGCAGAAGAACGAGGCACUUCAGGGGGAGGUUGAAGGGCUGCGAUCAACUCUGGAGCUGCAGCGUCGCUGGGUUAGCGUGGCUGAGAUCAAGAUGCGAAAUGUUGAGCGAGCAAGAGCUGAUGCUGACCGGCGCAAUGCAACUCUGCAACAGGAAAUGGAGCAGUUCUUUGAAACAUUUGGCGAGCUAAACGCAGAGGCACGAAAAACUAAUCGUAUUGUUCAGAGUUUUUAAAUGCAGUGCUACAAAACCAACAUCAGCAGCAUAUGAAAGGUUUCCAUGUUUUAGAGUAAUUACACUGUCAAAAAAUCAGACUGCGUCUGUCUUAAGCUUGUACAAAUGAGGAUGCAUUCCUGAGGGAAAAUAUUGCCCCACUUUCAACUGUAGUUAAGUUGUCUGAAAGACUGUGUGGACCAGCAUGUUCAAUGUGAAGUAAUAUUAAACUAGAAGGCAUAUUUAUGCCAUUUAAAUUAUAAAAGACAAUGGAAUGACCCAGAAGUAGGAUCAAGUUUUAUUAUGUCUAGUAAGCAUGGAUGCCAUAUGAGAAAAGUAGACCCUAGGAAUGCUUGGAAGAGAUAAAUGAGUUCAGACUUUAAAAGUCGCUGCAUUGGGCGGGGGUUACUGUACAUUUUUAUUUUCAAUCCACAUCAUAUCUUGGAAACCAUGUACAAAAACAUACCAUUCAUAGAUUAAAUGUAUUUGUACCACAUUAAUAAAACAUAAGAAACUGA